CUGAAUUUUUGCCGCGUACUUUGAGGAUCGGCCAUCGUCACCCUCUCCUCAUGGCCUCAUCUCCGUCGUUGACCCAGGUCGACUCGCCGCCGCCGCCUGCAGCGUCGCCGUUUCCAACUUCCGGCUCUCCUUUCGUCAAUCUCUUCAACCGUUUCUCGGCAUGGCGGAAAUCGCUCGACCUGCCCAACCCGGGCACGGUAGAGAAUCUCCAGAAGGAGGUCAAAACGACGCAUCUGACCAACUUCCUCUUUGACGGAGCGAGGGCUGAUCUCUCCAAGAGCUUGUCGGUCAACCCCAUCUUUCAAGUGACGCAUUCAUUUGCGUUAGGAUCCCAAACCGCGCCGCCUUCGUACAAUUUUGGCGCUGUCUUUGCAAACAACAGUGUUUUCAUGCAAGGCGGUAUCGACCAUGAUGGGAAUUUGAACGGACGAUUCAACCAAGGUUGGUCGGCUAGCAACGUGACGAAAGUACAGGGCCAGUUAUCGUCGCAAGUGGGGCAUAGCAUGCUGCAAAUAGAGCACGACUACUUGGGACAGGAUUAUUCGCUCAAUAUCAAGGCUGUUAAUCCCUCCCCAGUAGACCUUACCGGCAUAUACAUGGGCAGUUAUCUGCAAUCUGUCACAAAAAACCUUGCGCUGGGAAUCGAAUUCCUGCACCAACGACAGACUCCCGAGCUUACGGAUACCAGCGCUUCAUACCUCGCGAAGUACACGAGUUCUGACAAAAAUUGGAUUGCAACUGCGCAAGUCCAGCCAGCGGGCAUCCUACAAACGACCUACUUCCACAAGCUCAGCGACAAAGUGGAAGUCGCUGCCGAUCUGCAGAUGAUAGUGGCUCCGGCGCGACGCGACGCACUUGCGACGCUGGGAGCCAAAUACGAUCUUCGAAUGUCAACGUUCCGAGCACAGUUAGACUCUACAGGCAAAGUCUCCGCCCUCCUCGAGCAGCGCUUCGCGCCCUCAUUUGCGUUCCUGGUGUCGGGCGAGAUCGACCACUUCAAGAACGCGGCGAAGGUCGGCGUGGGCGUGAUGAUUGAGAGCCCUAGCAUGACUCCCGAGGAGAUAGGCAUGCUGCCUCCACCGCAUCCUCAGCCUAUAUAAGCUAUCGUAUUAUAUGUCUGGUAGAGGUAUAAUAGCUGUGUCUCGAAGCAUCCCAGGUUUUACGAACGUCUCCUGCCUCCUGAAGGCCUG